AUGGAAUUGCAUCACAACAGGCAAGGUUGGUCUUUUAUCCUAUAUCUCUGCAUGUGGGGGGCAAUAUGUGAAUCCAUCCACUAUUCAGUGCCUGAGGAAAAGAAAACUGGGUCUCUGGUAGCAAAUGUGCUAAAGGAUUUGAAAAUGGAUGUAAAAGAGCUUUCUGCUCGUAGGGUCCAGCUGGUUUCUAAAAGCACCAAAGAGUAUUUCCAGUUGGAUCCCCAUUCUGGGAAUAUGAUAUUAAAGGAUAAAAUAGACCGAGAGGCACUGUGUGGUCAGAAGGACCCUUGCAUCUUACUCUCAGAGAUUGUGCUGGAAAACCCCUUGCAAGUGCACAGAAUUGAGGUUGAAAUAGAGGACGUGAAUGAUAAUUCCCCCCAGUUCUCUAAAAAGGAAUUUCUUUUUGAAAUACCAGAGCAGGUACCAACAGAUACCAGAUUCCCAUUGGAGAGAGCUCAGGAUUCAGACAAAGGAGAAAAUGGGGUUCAGAAUUAUACACUAAGUCCUAAUGACCAUUUUAGGCUGGAUGUUCAAAGUCGCAGUGAUGGUACCAAAUAUGCAGAGUUAGUCUUGGAGAAACAAUUAGAUCGCGAAGAGGAUGCACAGUUCUUCCUGAUUCUGUCGGCUUUUGAUGGAGGGACCCCAAAGAGAACAGGAACAGCACAAAUUAAAGUUAAAGUUCUGGACAAUAAUGAUAACUUCCCACAAUUUGGUGAUUCUGUAUACAAAGUGAAGGUAAAGGAAAACACCCCAAGAGGUACACUUGUAACUAAAGUGGAAGCAACUGACAGGGAUUUCGGUCCUAAUGCGGACAUCACUUAUUCCUUCAGCCAGGUGUCAGAAAAUGUACUCAGAUCAUUUAACUUAAACAAAUUUACUGGAGAGCUUACUGUUGCAGGAAUGAUUGAUUAUGAAGAGGACAGAAAUUAUGAGAUAAACAUCAAAGCCAUGGAUGGAGGGGGGCUCUCUGCUUACUGCAAAGUCGUUGUCGAAAUUGAGGAUCAAAAUGAUAAUGCCCCAGAGGUGGCGCUCACAUCCCUCACCAGCCCUUUACCAGAAAAUUCCCCCCCAGGUACUGUGGUGGCCCUUUUCAGUGUCACAGACCAAGAUUCUGGAGACAACGGCAGAACUUCGUGUACCACUGAGACUCACCUGCCCUUUGUAUUAAAAGCCUCAGAGAAUAAUUAUUAUCGGCUGGUGACCCAGCAGCCCCUAGACAGAGAAAAGGCUCCAGAGUACAACAUCACCAUCACAGCUACAGACUGGGGCUCCCCCAGGCUCACUUCAAUAACAAUAAUUAAUGUCCAAAUAUCAGAUAUCAAUGACAAUGCUCCAGUAUUUGAGAAGCCAGCAUAUGAAAUGCAAAUACGAGAAAACAAUAUUCCAGGGCUGCUGAUAGGAUUGGUGCAUGCUGAUGACUUGGACACAGAGCGGAAUGCUAAAGUGACGUAUUCACUUCUGCCUGGGAAGGUCAUCGGACAACCCGUGUCCUCUUAUGUCUCCAUCAACUCAGAAACUGGGAAUCUGUAUGCCAUCCGAUCUCUGGACUAUGGGCAGAUAAAAGAUUUCCCGGUGACUGUGAGGGCUGUGGACAGCGGUUCUCCUCCCCUGAGCUCCGAAGUUAAGGUCCGAGUUGUCAUUGUGGAUGAAAAUGAUAACGCCCCCUUCAUCCUGUACCCUCUUCAGAACGGCACUUCCCCAUCCAAUGACCUGGUUCCCAGAGGGGCGGAGGCUGGUUACCUGGUCACCAAGGUGGUGGCAGUGGACAGAGAUUCUGGCCAGAACUCUUGGCUUUCCUAUGAGCUCCUGAAGGCCACAGAACCAGGUCUGUUCAGUGUGGGGGCCCAGAAUGGAGAAGUGAAAACCAUGAGACCAAUUAACCAACGAGACACCUUCAGACAGAAACUAAUCAUUGGAGUGAGAGACAACGGGCACCCUCCCCAGUCCGCCUCUGCAACGCUAAGCAUUCUGCUAGUGGAUGGCUUUUCUGACCCUUACAUGAAAAUGGUGGAUAUCCCGAAGGAUGAAGUUGUGGCGGAAGAAGACCAUAACCUGACUACGUAUCUGGUCAUAUGCUUGGCUGCCAUUUCGUUCAUUUUUCUGGUGUCUAUAACUGUGUUUGUUGCCAUCAAGAUUCACAAAAGGAGAAAGUUCACAGAGAACUCUGGCCUUAAUUUCCCCGUGGGACCAAAUUUCCAGGAGAACGGUGGAGAUGCUGGUGCUGGAUCCCUUUCCCGGGCUUACAACUAUGAGGUGUGCUUAGCUGGUGGAUCUCUGAGCAGCGAGUUCAAGUUUCUCCGGCCUCUCUUUCCUGUGUUUUCAGUGGAGCCUGCUCAAAAUCAGGGGGUUCAAAGGAUUUCAGCUGCUUCCCAUGAAGUUCCCAGUCAUGCAGCAGAAGGGCAAAUCAUUAAUCAGAUGGCACCGACACACCAAGAGCAUAACGUGCACCCAAUGAAACCAUGCACAAAUUGA